AUGACUGAUAAUAUAGAAUAUUAUCGAAAUCAGAUUGCAUUAGCUAGAACCGAAAUUAAAAAUUUACGACAGCAGAUAUCAUCUCUCAAACAUGAACAUUUAAAGGAAAUAAAAAAUAUAAAAACUACUUUAAACGACUUUCGUUGUUCUCACUGUGGUGACGCAGCAACAACAUUAAGGCAAAACGGUGAAGCACAAUACUCUGUUGACUCUGAUUGCAUUUUAUAUCGGCCUAUAGGAGUAAUAGAGACAACAUUCCAAAACAAAAGAGCAGUACCACGACAGCCCACUGUACUGGCUAAAGCUAAGGGAGUUCUCAUUAUAGAUCCUAGUGUAUUUAACAACCCGGAACAUGCUUUAAGUGGACUGGAGGAAUUCUCACAUAUGUGGAUAAUAUUCCAUUUCCAUGUGACAGAGAGUACAAAUGCGCCAGCUAAGGUUGCUCCCCCAAGGCUUGGUGGGGAGAGGCGCGGCGUGUUUUCUACCAGGUCACCGCAUCGGCCUUGCCCUAUAGGAUUGUCUCUUGUUAAGAUACAGAGUAUAGAAGGUAAUAAGAUAAAGUUCCUGGGUGUUGACAUGGUUAAUGGUACACCUGUGCUUGACAUAAAGCCAUACAUUCCUCAGUAUGACUAUCCGAUGCUAGAAGUGGACACUGGCAUGUCGUCGUUAGAAAGACCUCCGACAGAGGGCAUUAGUGACGCAAUCUCUAAUCUCCAACUAAGUAAUAAUCUUUUAGAUGCGGGCAGGUUAUCAUCGCUACCAAAUCCAACGGAUUUAGAGACAUGUAGUCCACUUUCCCGUUCACCAUUCGAAGAUAAUCCGUCUUCAGAGCAGCUCAGUAAUCUCAACACGUCUAUAGCUCCCUCACCAGAAUCUCCAUCAAGCGUCGACUUACUCGACGGAGCUUACAACACGCCACCCAUCCGACGAGCGGAAACAGAACGAGGAGCACCCGACGGCCAAGAAAGGUACACCCCUCCUCAAUCAGCACAUCUAACAAAUAUAUCCCAUGACGGUAUCAGAGUAGCGCCAUGGAUAUCUAAUCCGCCAUCGCAAAGUUACGAAGUGAGAUUCACAGAUGAUGCUUUGAACAGAUUAAAUGAAUUAAUAGGAGAUCGAGCUCAGACCUUCAGAUCUAAUAUUGAAUGCUUAUUGUCUGAAGAUCCCAGGUCACACUACGUGAGAAACAGAUAUCCAGACCAUGAAUACAGUUGCGUAUUAGAAGAUCUGUCUAUAAGUUGUAUUUUUGAUUCUAAUGUGUCAGUAUGUACAAUUAUAGCUAUAAGGAAUGCUGAAGAUUUGUAA